AGCGGUCCUGGCGAAAUCUGUCCAUCGCACUCGGGAAGAUGACAGCGAUGGCAGCCACUCUCACUACAGCUGCCUUUAAGCGUUUUAACUGACCCCAGUGCAUGUUAGUCGUAAUGUUCGUGUUGUUAUUUAGAUGUUUGACAACUUGUUGAACAUUACAGUGGUGAGGAAAGAUUUUUUGCUGGGUUGGCACGGGAGACUCAAGUUUACGUUAGCAGCCUUAGCAUGCUAGCAUUAGACUGUUUAGCAUUGAAGAAAAAACUAGCCAGCUAGCAAAGAAACUAUAUUUUUGAUGUUAAGGGCUAAAUAGUGACACAGUUUGCCAGUUUUAAGUCUUUAUCUCGGGUUGUGAAAGUAUAAAGGGUCGGAAAAACAUGGCAAUGCUUGCAUUUGAUCGGGGAGCUUAUGGAGGGAAGUGUUUUUGACUCUGGAUUACUGUCAAACCGCUUGCUGGCAUUUCCUAGCCUGGAUAGCUAACUAAAGCUAACUGUAAGGCUAACUGUCGGGUUAAAAUGGCAAAUAUAGAGAAUGGUCGUCAGUCUGCGGACACAAGAAGUAUCCGGACAGUCAGCAGCAGCCACAUGGACGACGAAAGCUCACUCGGAUCCGACUCUGAGAUCAAUGGAUUUACCAGCGAAAGACAGACCGACAAAUAUGGAUUCAUCGGAGGGGCACAACAGUACUCAGAGGAGUCAGCUCAGGAGGUCCCUAUACAAGUGAUCAGGCAAAGGGAGCUGAAAUGGAUCGACAUGCUAGGCCACUGGGACAAGUGGAUGAUCAAGAGAUUCAAUAAGGUGAGGCUGCGGUGCCAAAAGGGCAUCCCUCCUGCGCUCAGAGGACGUGCGUGGCUCUACCUUUCAGGAGGCAAAGUGAAAAAGGAGCAGAACCAAGGAAAGUUUCAGGAGUUGGAUCAACAAGAAGGCGAUCCCAAAUGGGUUGAUGUGAUUGAGAAAGAUCUCCACCGACAGUUCCCAUUCCAUGAGAUGUUUGUGUCACGGGGAGGACACGGGCAGCAGGACCUGUUUCGUGUUCUUAAAGCAUACACCUUGUACAGACCAGAGGAGGGAUAUUGCCAGGCUCAGGCUCCCAUUGCUGCUGUGUUACUCAUGCACAUGCCAGCAGAGGAUGCUUUCUGGGGACUGGUCCAAAUCUGUGAAAAGUAUCUUCCUGGAUACUAUAGCCCUGGUCUGGAAGCCAUUCAGUUGGAUGGAGAGAUACUGUUUGCAUUGCUGCGUCGUGUUUCUCCGAUCUCCUAUCGUCAUCUGGAGAAGCACAAGAUAGACCCUGUCCUCUACAUGACCGAGUGGUUCAUGUGCGCCUUCUCCAGGACACUGCCCUGGGCCUCUGUGCUGCGUGUCUGGGACAUGUUCCUCUGUGAUGGUGUGAAGAUUAUAUUUCGCGUUGGAUUGGUGCUGCUCAAGUGCAUGCUGGGUACUCGAGAAAAACUGAAGAGCUGCCAAGGCCAGUAUGAGACAAUGGAGCUGCUCAGAGCCAUAGAGCCGCGCUACAUGCAGGAGGGCUUCCUUGUCAGAGAGAUUCUGGAGGUGCCAAUAACUGCCCGAGAUGUGGAAAGGGAACAUCACAGCCAGUUGAAGCGCUGGAAGAAGAAACACGGUGAGCUGAACUUCAAAUCUCCUCCCAGAAUGCACGGUGCACGGAUCAUUAUGCUGGCAGAACCGCCACGGCGACAGGACCUGCUGCAGAUCCCCACUAUCGUCCUGGAGCAGCCUACGCCACAGAUCAAGAAGGGCAAAGAGGAGAAGAAAAGCAAGAAGAAGAGCAUAAAGAAGUCUAAGCCCAUUGAGGAAAUACCCAAUCCGUACCCACUGCCAUCUGACCUCUCACCUCCGCCUUCCGUUAACCCUUCACCCUCUCCUCCAUCCAUUGAAUCCUCCCCUCCACCCCCUGAACCAGUGCCAACUCCACCUGCUCCACACACCAGUGGCCGAAUCGAGACUGUACUAGAGACUGUGCCAGAGACUGAACCAGGACCAACUCUCCAGGUCCCUGCACCCUCAGAGCCUCCUGUUGUAGACCCUCCUUCACCUGCCAAAGAAUCCCACCUCCAGGCCUCCACCCAGAGCCUUAGCAGCAUAGACCAGGACACUUACCUGUAGCUCCUUACUCAAUAGGGUGUGUUCAUAUGACGUCAACUAUAGAUUUAACAAUGGUGUAAGGUGUAAUGAGAGUAUUGAUCAGUUGUGUUUUGAGAGUAAAAAAAAAAUCAGUCAACUCUGACUUUUUGGAUACAUUUUCUGUCUACUUUCUGAGUAAUACCUCCUCUACACAGUAUCGCUGACACCUGCCCUCAAGGUUUUAACAUCUUAAGUCUAAAAUGUGAACACAUCCUAUUAGAAAUGGAAAAGAAUACACACCAGCCAAGCACCAGCGGGUCCCAGUGAUCCAUGUCUUCCAUUCAAGUAUUUUCUAUGAGCUUUUCCAGUGUAGACACCACUCUGCCUGAUUAAUCGGAGGCUUACACUGAAGUGCCAUCGGUGAACUGCUUAUAUGCCACUUUGUUCAAACAGUGCUGAUAUUUCUGCCUUUAUGACACUCUUUUUACAUCAGGGCAGAAAAUUUUUAUGCUAUUGCAAGGGUCUUUUAUUUCAAUUCACUCGUGUAGAGGUCCUAUUCUGACCUUGGUAACAAGUCAUUUCAUGGUCACUAGAUGGCAGCAUUACCCCUUACAUUUCCUGCUAUAAGUGGGUUUUUGUUUCUUUUACUUGGGUUGCGGACCAUUUGUAUGUUGCAAUUAUGGUUUGAAACAGUUAGUUGAUUGAAUUGAUUAAAUCUGCUACAUUCUCAUAUCCUUACUACAUUAUUUAUUUAUUGAAUGGAUAACCUGAUAUUUCUCUGUUGUGCCAAUCCCAGUGGAUGUAGUGAGAGCAGAAGUACACAUUCCUUAGUGGGUGCUACAUUUGGAUUUAUUAAUACUAUAUUUCAUUAACUUACUUGGCCAAAUAAUUUUCAUUUUUGUGCACUUUUUUCUGAGAUAUGUGUUUGCAUUUCACCUGAUUGAUGUCUUGGCUUACCUUAACCUCCCUUUAGUGCCAACCAAGAUCAUCUUUUUUAACUUUUUUGAAACUUUUGCUAGAUUUUCCAAAGUGAAUCAAUAUUUGUCAUAAUUUUGACCGCAACCUGUGACAAUAUUUUAUUACUACAGUAAAGGUGUGGAUUUUUAACAAGUGUUCACUUUUUUUUAAAGCUCUAUUGAGAAAAGACAAUCUUUUUACUUCUCACUGUUUAUUUUAUUAUGGGAGAUUUCAAAAUGGUGAGCACAUGUGUUGUGUUUUUAAAAUGUAUGAAAAAUAUUUUGCAGAAUGCAUGGCUGUCAUUCAUGUUAACAUUGACAACACCUUUUCCUUGCUGCUUGUUUUACAAAUGUUGUUCUACAUUUGCGUUUGCUAUACCUAAUUUAAAGAUGUGUGUGUAAAUUGUAAAAUAUUUUGUAACAAAUGUAUUUUGCUAACCUGAACAGUGGCAUAAACAUUCUUGCAUUUACAGACUGACACUAGACCAAUGAACUUUCCACUCCUCUGUCUGUCAUAUCAGGGUUAUGAAAGCUCCACCUUAUAUACAAGUCAAAUUGUACAAAUAAAAUAGUGUAAAUCCA